UUCUGAAUUCUACAAGAACCCUAAAAAUCACGAACAUUUUACACUUUCCUGAAUAGUAGCCGACAAGAAUUCUACUCCCACUUCCAGAAAUUGCUGCACGAAUACCAAAAAUGGCCGCCGCAGCUCCACCUCCUCCACCGACCUCCGCUCCCGUCACCCUCCCGGAAUCUGAUCCUUCUGGCAACACUCUCUUCACCCGCAUCCGCCUCGCCACCGUUGAUGACGUCCCCCACAUCCACAAGCUAAUCCACGAAAUGGCUGUUUUCGAGCACCUCAUCCAUCUCUUCGAAGCCACCCCAGAGUCCCUCGCAAAUACUCUCUUUCCCGAAAAUCCUCCUCCGCCUUUUUCUUCCUUUACUGUUUUUCUUCUCGAGCUUUCUUAUAUGCCAUUUCCUCCCACGCCACAGGAUGAACAUUUUACCCCGAUUCUGAAGUCGAUCCACCUCGACGUGCCCAUUGAAGAUCCUGGUAGAGAAAUGUUUAGAAGUAAGGCGAUUGAUGUCAGUGUUCUGGGUAGUGAUGUGAUUGUUGGUGGAUUUGUUCUGUUUUUCCCGAAUUACUCGACAUUCUUAGCUAAACCCGGAUUUUAUAUCGAGGAUAUUUUUGUGAGGGAAUGUUACAGAAGGAAGGGACUGGGGAAGAUACUGUUGUCGGCAGUUGUAUCUCAGGCGGCGAAGAUGGGGUACGGUAGAGUGGAAUGGGUGGUACUGGACUGGAAUGUGAAUGCCAUUAAGUUUUACGAGCAGAUGGGGGCCCAUAUUUUACCAGAGUGGAGGAUCUGUAGACUCACUGGUGACGCCCUUCAGGCUUAUGCUCAUAUUAACAUUUGAUUUGACUACAGUUUUAUCCUUGUUUUCAUGACUAUCACUGAAGGAUUUUAUCCAUUUCUUGGUAGUUUUCGGGGUUGAGAUAUGUAGAAGUAUGUUGUACUCUGCUGAUUAUGUUUGCACAAUGUUAUGAACCGAAUUUUAAUUAAAAUAAAUUUAUUUCUUGGCAAUUUAACUUA